GAAUGCCCGCCAUAAUCCCAGUAGCCUGUGCUAUCACUAUUGAGCGUUCUCUCUCCUCCCAUUCCCCCCAAUACUGUAAUGGCGUCUCGCUAAGGCGGUGGGUGGUCGGCUGUUAUGUGAAUUUGACAGUGUUAUAUUUUGUUAUAGAUAUCACUAUCUAAUGUGCUAUUCUCACGUAAACAACAAUCUCGAAAAAAGUCAACAAUCUCGAGCUUUCGGCCGCAAGUGAGCGAAUCUCGAUGCAAUUAAGUUGUGACAGGUCAAUUAUGGUAUGGCAUAUCUUGUUUUUCACAUGUUACGACUAAAAUGAGCUUUAAACCAGCACGGAAAUAUAUUUUCUUGAUCUCAGAUAUUCAGAUUAUUCAAAUGACUAUUUAUCGUCAACGUUAUGACACAUAGGAGUUGAUACAAGUCCACCGACAUGGCUCGAAAAGCUGAUACAGUUCGUACAAUUAAUGUGGCCGUUGUGGGCCUCUCCGGCAUGGAAAAAGACAAAGGCCAUGCAGGAGUCGGAAAAUCAUGUUUGUGUAACCGCUUCAUGCGAUCUCACGCGGAUGAUUACAAUGUCGACCACAUUUCUGUGCUAAGUCAGACGGACUUCAGCGGCCGAGUUGUCAAUAAUGAUCAUUUUUUAUAUUGGGGAGAGGUGAUCAAAACAUCAGAAGAAGGCAUCGAUUACCAGUUUAGCGUAAUAGAACAAACGGAAUUUAUAGACGAUGCAUCUUUCCAACCUUUCAAAGGUGGUAAGAUGGAGCCGUAUAUAAAGCGAUGCGCGGCAACUAAGAUCACCUCCGCCGAGAAACUCAUGUACAUCUGUAAAAACCAGCUAGGUAUAGAGAAAGAAUACGAACAAAAAGUCUUGCCUGAUGGAAAACUAAACAUAGACGGUUUUAUCUGUGUUUUCGAUGUCAGUAUUGUGCCAAGCAGAUCUUUAGAAAAACAAGUAGAAAUAGUAGCAGCGAUAUUAAAUAAUUUAGUUAAAACAAAAAAACCGAUUGUAUUUGUCACUACUAAGAACGAUGACGCUAACGAGUUGUUCGUACGGGAGGCCGAUAAGUUAUUGCAGAGAAAAGAAUACAAAGGUGCUAUACCGUUGGUGGAAACGUCAGCGCACGAUAACGUCAACGUCGACUUAGCAUUUAUGUUACUGGCACAAAUUAUCGAUAGAAGUAAAGUUAGAGCGAAAGUUAUAUCAUACACCGAGGCUGCCAGAGCAAGGAAGGAGUUGAUGGACGUGGCCAGCGAGGCCUUCAUGAGGUUGAUCAGGCUACAUGUGACGGAUUGUCGGGCGCUGUGGUCGCACACCGUCAAAAAGUUGAAUUCGCAUAAAGAGUGGAUUUAUUUCGUUCAGUUAUUCGGGUUGGAUGGAACGCAGAGGCUAUUCAGGAGGCACAUUAAAAAGCUGAAGGACGAGCAACUCGCCAAGCGGAUUGCACACUACAUGGAAAUGUUGCCUGACGUCUUGCAUGAACUAGUCCCUGAUAUCAAUACUUUAACCGAUAGUGAUUGGCCAUCUAUCCAGCAGUACCUGAAAACGCACCCAGACUUUAGCCAAUAUUUUUAUGAAUGCCCAGAAGAUAUGCCAUGGACUGAGUGCGAACUAGAGUCUGAUAAUGAAGAAACUCGGAUUCCGUUUGACGUUUUAGAAAUAAGCGAUGCCGAAACUGUCUUCAAAAACCACAUAAAUGUCCUGCAACAGGAGCAAAAACGUUUAGAGAUGCCAAAGAGGUGGAAGAAGCAGUUUAAGCAACUCUUAGAAGAUACAGGUUAUGUUACUCCCGGUAAACAUUUGUCAGAGGUUAGGGUCUUGUUCAUGGGGAGAGAAUGUUUUGAGGCUCUUUCUGAGCACGACUGUCAACAGAUCUAUGAUGCACACCAAAGGGAGCUCAUAGAAAACGCCAAACACAAUUUUCAGGAACUUCUUCUGGAACACGCCGAUUUGUUCUAUCAUUUUAAAAGUAUUGCACCAACAGGAACAAUAACUCAAGAUGAUAUUAAAGAGAUUAUUGAUGUUUUACAAGACGACUUUAGAUAUAAGAUGUUGGAUCGUUUGGAUCAAGAUAGAAAAGUUAUGCUAUUUCAGCACUUAGGUUUUAUUCAUUGUCCAAUUAGAGAGCACUGUCCCGCUUUUCCAAAUUGUAUGGAUGCCCUUAUAGAAAGAAUAUUAGCAACAAAGGCACAUAGACCUUCUUCUUGGAACCACAGCAACCAGUGGUUAAUAAGUUCAGACAAUAAUCAGCUUCAUCUACUCAUUCUUGGAGCAGACAACUUGGCUGAGAAUUUGGCAGCUAAAAUUAGAGCUCAAUGUGAGGACGAUGAAUACGAAAUAGACUGUCAGUUUUACAGUUUGGAUUAUAGAAUUAUAAAUGGAGAUGUUAGUUUGCCUCAUAAUUCGUUUAGAACCGCGGAUUUUGUACCACACGGAAGUUUUUGUGUAUAUUCUAAUGCAGAAUCGUUCGAAUAUAUUCGAGAAAGUUUAGAAAAGACAUUGUUAUCUAAUUUAGAACAGGAAGACAAACUUCCAUUCCAAGGCUUACCUAUCGUUUUAAUGUUUUUACAAGACUCGUAUAUUGAAGAAAAAGAUGUGAUAAAAUUAAGAGAAGAAGGCCAAAGCUUAGCUGAUAGUUUACAGUGUCCUUUCAUGGAUGUUUGUCUCGACCAAAUAUCUGAAGAACAGUUAGUUUCUGAUGCAUUACACCAACUCGUUCAGAGCAUCCACCAUAGGGCAGGUUUUUUAAAUAUUUAUCAAUCCGUAAUUGAGUGUGUGGAACCUGAUAUUAGAAUUAUUAUGUGUACGUUCUGCGGUGAUUCAUACUCAAUAGAAAACGUUCUAGCGCCGCUCUUAUCACACCAAUGUUGCUUUUUAUCGGCCGAAAGAAGUAUUAUCUUAGAAACAUUUCUGGGCGACUCGAAACGAAAAGUCGAAGUAAUAGUUUCAUCAUUCCAUGGGGCGAAUGCAUUCCGCGAUGAACUCGUUCACGGUUUCAUUUUAGUCUAUUCCACGAAGAGAAAAGCGUCGUUAGCCACAUUAAACGCAUUUUCCAUGAAUAUUCCGAAUCUACCAAUCCAAAUUUUGGCAGUUACUGAUUCGGGCGGAGCAAACGCAUUCUUUAAUAAUGACUUAAGUCAUCUAUUGAUUACUGAAGGGAAUGCAACCGCGGAUAGAUUACAUGCGCAUUUUAUGACGACUUCAUCAUCGAGUCAACAGAAAACUGCCUUUUUUACGCCAUUUUUCAAAGAAGUGUGGGAGAAGAAGCCGGAAAUUGAACAAGCAUUCCAUAUGGAGGAACCUUCGGGUUUAGAUGAUAGCGGCGAGGGUACCCUCGAACACCCUCGAUCUCAGCGCCAUGGGCAUCCAUUGCCGCCACCUAGACACGAAAGUUAUCAGCUGAAACUGAACGAUGGCAGCGGGAGUGAAAAUUAUGAAUUGAACGGCCCCGACGAAAGGCUGAGUUCCAGUGAUCAUAGUGAUAAGUAUUCUCACAUUUACAUGUACGGAAACGAAAACGGUGAUAUAACGUCGAAAAAACGCUUGUUACAUCAAGGCUUCCAGGUGUAUCCCCCACCAACAACGCCCCCGGAACCAGCACCCCCUGAUCACCCUUUAAUUUCUCGCAUUCCCAAGAGGGGUCCAAUGUUGUCGGCGUCGCAGACAAGCCUAGACGAGAUUACAUCCGACAUUAGCGGAUCAAGAGAGUCACUAGCAACUCAUGAUUCAGAUGGUGAGGGGGAUCAGCCAGUUUCGAUUUCCGGUAGCGCUUGGAACAGUUAUGGGCAGCAUGCUUUUACUACGGGAAGACGACACGUCACUGUGUCGGAAUCGAGGCCUAAAGGCAUCUCGCAAACGUUGAAACAACCGGGCAAACUCAACUUGAAAAAUUAUUCAGUUGUGACGGAAGCUAUAGCAAGGAUGAACGUAAGUGGCAAAGAUAUACGCAAUACUAAUUUUGGAAAUGCUCCUUUAGCCACACCAGAGGUAGUUGAUUUAGGAUGUGAAUAUGCGCAGGUCAAAGAUAUGGUUCACAACAUGUACCCUCCAGAUGCUGAAUACAUGUACACACUAGUACAGGAUGCAGUUAGUGGAAAAUCAAAGCUGAGGCAGCGCCGGGAGAAAGGCCAACCAUCGUAUUCUGAUACAGAUAGUGAGUGGAGUAGUCUAGAGCGGAGGCAGCGGGCGAGCGAGGUCUACUCCAAAGUUAACCGAAAAUCUGGAACACACAAAAGACAGCGCAAAAAGCGCACUGCGAUUCCAGUACAGCCCCCGAGAGUGCCGCAGCUUGGUGGCUUUACCCUACCUUCGGUACAUUCAACACCACACGUAGAACUAGACGCCGACAAGGCCAACGUUGGAAGCGAAUCAAAUUCCGACUCGUCGGAAGGGAGCGAUGCCGAGCAAGCACGAACGGGAACUACAGACAGCCGCAAUAGAUUCUCCCAAAAGCGAUCUUUCAGCUUGAAGAAACGCGUUCCAGUAUCAGAUAUGCAUAACACUCACAAUUUAAACAUACAAUUACAUUCGCCAGAUUUAUUUUCUAUAAAACCCAAUUCUUACGGUAUUAUACACGAUGAUGAAUCUAGUUUGGAUGUCUCAUCGCCUAGAGACAAUAAUUCGCCAAUGUUCGGGGUGUUGCCAAAAAUGAAGGAAUCCGACCGAGAGAAGCUUCUCAGAAAAAGGGAGAAACAAAAGGCUAAAGAUGAUUCCAAGAUUGAGAAGCAACGGCGGCUGAAAGAAGAAAAGUUGCGAAAGGUCGCAGACAAGGAGAAAGAAAGAGAUAAGAAAAAACAGCAAAAGAUCAAACAGAAAGCCGUAUCUUUGGGUUCGGCGCCUUCAAAAUUAUCAGAUUUUAUUCAAAACGAAAGUAAUUUUAUACCGAUUUUCUUGGAGAAGUGUGUCAAAUUUAUCGAGAGCGAGGGGUUAGAAUCUGAGGGUAUAUACAGAGUGCCGGGAAAUCGAGCACAUGUAGAUUUGCUUUUCCAGAAGUUCGACGAAGAUCCAAACGUUGAUAUUCAUGAGCUCGACAUCCCCGUGAACGCUGUCGCUACCGCUUUAAAAGACUUCGUAUCAAAAAGAUUGCCGCCAUUAUUUGAAGAGGACGUCAUGUCGGAGUUGGAGGAUAUUGCAGUUCCAGGAACAAGAAUGAAGCCGAUGGCGACAACCACGGGGAAUGUUGAGGUUAAAACUGACAGAAGUUGUCGUUUGCUUGCGUUGCGCAGUAUGCUGGAAAAGUUACCCAAGGUUAAUUUCCAAGUGUUAAAGUUUGUGUUUCAACAUUUUGUGAAGGUGGCCGAGAAUUCAAAAUUGAACAAUAUGGAUAGUAAGAACUUGGCAAUAUGCUGGUGGCCGACGUUGUUGCCCAUAGAGUUUAGCGAUAUGGGGCGGUUCGAGCAGAUGAGGCCAUAUUUGGAAGAUAUUGUACAAACGAUGAUAAAUCAAUACCCAUUCCUGUUUUGUGGCAAAGAGGCUUUUGUAAUGGUUUAGUAAUAUAAUAACAUGCCAAAAACGCACAAUUUGCUGUAGUAAUCUAAUUUUCUGGCAUUCCAUCAUUUGUUGUUAUAUUUGGAGAGGCCUUGAUUUUGUAAUUAAUGUAUUUGCAGUAGAGAUGUGUCAAAAAAUUAUUUUAAGAUGUUACUACUAGUACAUUUAGAAUUUAAAAUGACUAAACUUUUUGAUCCAAAGAUGUUAAUAAUUACUGUGUGAUACCUUAUUAAUAAUUUUUGUGACACCAGUGGUGAUUUGUAUUUUUACAAUUAUCGUAGUGACGUUUCAUUGAAAAAGUAGCUGUAUGGAAAAUUUUAUAAAAUUAGUAUGUGAGGAAUUGAGCAAGUGCUUGUGUGUAAGCCUUUAUUUAUCGAUCUGUGUUUAAUGUAAUUCCCCACGUUCAGUUAUUAAUGUCUUUUCUAGGGUAGUAAGUGUUACAUCCGUUCAAAAAUUUGUUGCCCUCCUAAUAUCAACGAGAUUGUGGCAAUGGCUACUGUGUCCAUUACUCAGAUAAUAUUAAUGUUCCUAUUAUCAUUGUAUUAUUUUUAUGAUAGUAUUGAACUUGUAUUAUACAGUAACUUGGGUAUUGAGGAGUUUCAAACAGCUUUACUAAUUGACUAUAAUUGGAUUAGUACAAUAUAAAUAUUGUCCAGAAUGUGUGUGAAACUGAGUCUGAAAUUCGUGUGAUGCGCUGCAUGACAAAUUGGGGUGUGCCAAGCUAAUUUCUAGUCUGGAUGUUGAUGGCCUAUGCCACCCUGCACUCGAUUUUUUAUUUUGUUUAGCUAAUCUCAUUCAAGUGAUAUUUUACGUUGUAAUUUAUAAAGUAUUUUAUUUGAUAUUCGAUUGAUAUUUUAAUUGUAUGUAUAUCUAUGCAAUAUGAAGUAUUGUGCAAUUCAAGAAAAAUGUUUGUAUACAAUAGGAAUUGAACAACAGAUCGGUUCGGCAGACACUUUAGCCGGAUCGAACAUAGUUUUUAAGCUUUCAUUCGCUUAACGGCUUGUGGGUCUUGGUGUUGUAUAUAUCAUUCACCAUUUACUUUAUUUUGCAUUUACUAAGACCCAUGAAUUGUGAAGAUAUGUUUCUUAGGCUCUAAAUAAUUUCAAUGUACCAUAUGUGGAUAUAUCGUAGAUUACGUUUCUGGGCUGUAUCAUGCAGUAAUGGCCCCAUUAAGGGUUAAACUCUGUUUUUGUAACGAAAGAUUUGUAUCAAUAUUUAUCAACUGCCUAAUAAUAAUUGUAUGCUAGAAUAAAUGUUUUUUAUUAUCGUA